AUGUAUCUGUUAAGACAGGUUCUUAAAGACAUUUGCUUACAAAACGGCUGGACGUACUCGGUAUUUUGGAGGUUGAAACGCCGCGCAGUACCCCGGACACAGCAGAGUGUGCCUUCAAGAGGAAAUCGCAUCAUGAAACGGCAAGAAGACGACGAAUGGGUUCUGAUGUGGGAGGACGGUUAUCUCGUUCCGCAAGCUGUACUGAAAAAACUUGACGCUCAGAUGGAGCGAUUAAGGGACGCAGCUGUAGGCGGCGCUGCUGGCUGCAGCGCACAGAAUCCCGCGCUGGAGCAGCUCUCAUACGACUGGAAGCUGUUGCACGCCAGCUUCCUUAGGUUUUCAUACCAGAUAUACAAUUAUGGAGAAGGGUGA